UGAUAUGAACGCAGACAGUGUAGGGUCCAGCUUGUUUCUCACUUUCAGUUCCCUUUUGUCUGGUGAAACCAUCGACGUCGCGUGUUUCGGUGAAGCAAUAGGAAAAAGUUAACGUUCAUUACAAACUUUAAGAACCAAGACUCUCAUGCUGUCUUGUUUACAUGAUGGAGGGAUAUGUCAUAUCAUCUGUGUCAGAGGGAAUCAUUCCGAAUGAACCAGAGAGUUAUCGCCCCCCUACAGAGCUGUACCCCUACCUCACUAAUGUGGGGGAGAUAUAUGAAGACCACAGAUGGACUUUCCACACGGAGCGUGUCCACCCGACAGACUUUGAGAAUUCUCCGGUGAAUCACCUCAUAGAGCUUCAGUCCGUGUCUCCUCAGCAGCUGGUGCAGCCGUACCGCUUCAGCAGCGAGUCGCUGCCCCUUCACCUGGACCCGCCACUUGUUCCUCUCUCUGUGUCACCACAGAUCCCAUAUUACACCCCAUCCAUGUGCUACCAGUACCAGGCAUCUGCCUCUCCUGGACGUUACUACUCAGAAGAGGAACAGAGAGGAGUCAGCCCUCCGUUCGAAGUAUCAGAAGGAGAGGAUGAACGAGAAGAACACAAACACUCCUUCAGGAGGGACACUAGCAACAAGAAGAAAAUCCGCUUGUACCAGUUCCUCCUGGACCUGCUAAGAAAAGGUGACAUGAGUGACAGUAUCUGGUGGGUGGACCAGGACAAGGGCAUCUUUCAGUUCUCCACAAAACACAAAGAAGUCCUGGCCAGCCACUGGGGUACUCAGAAAGGAAAUCGCAAAAAAAUGACCUAUCAAAAAAUGGCUCGAGCUCUGAGGAACUAUGGUAAAUCUGGAGAGAUUAAGAAAGUAAAGAAGAAGCUAACCUACCAGUUCAGUGAGGAUGUGUUGAGGAACCUCUAUUUACGUCAGUAUCCUCACUGAUCAGGGAACAAAGGCUGUCUGUCAUCGCGAUGAAAUCUCUGAACUAGCCAUGAUUGCUUUUUGUUUUCAAAUUUAACUUUGUUUUACUGCCAAGUUUUCUUGCCUAUUUAUUUUGGAUGUUAGUGUAUAUCCUCUUUGGCAAAGCUUUUUAAGACUGUGGACCUCCAAUCAGAGGAAGUUUGAAAAAUAGGCCCUCUUAGUUUACUUGGAUUUGCUCGAUUCCUGGAGGCUAAUGGGAGCAUUAAUAUGUUAUUGGAUCCGAUAGAGACUCAACCAUUCAGCCAAGACCGCAUUAUAUUGUUGUUUGACAUAACAACAGACUAGAUCAAAUAUGUAAAAAAAAGGUUUGUCUUAAACUACCCCCAAAGUAUCUUUACUAUCUCUUUAACCAUAUUAUACACAUUUAGGCUAUUCUAUGAGAUAUUUUUUUGCUAUGCAAUUUAAUAUGUGUUCACUUCUACUCACUAAGUCCGACCUCAAACUGUUUGAAGCCCCACUGGAAGCCCUUCUCAAACUUUACAAAAAACCUCUGCUCCACAGCAUUCACCUCCAUAAACGUCCAUAUUAAAGACUCAGAGUUGGGCCGUGUAAAUUAUUUUGUUAAAAGAGAAUUCAACUUUGUGGACAGCUAAAAAAAACACAAAUAUUGCAAAUGUUUUUUAAGAUAUGUUGUU